AUGUCCCAGACUCCUAGAGGCGCAAAGCGUCCAAGGUCGCCUCCCAUUCCCAGUUCAUCGCCAGCUCCACGUCCUACUCCAAGACGGAGAGAUUCACAAUCGUCCCUCCCACCAUCUUCGCCUCCGGCGCCCUUCUCGGAUACAGAUGAUAGCCUGGAUGAUCGUGACGGAGUGCGUGAUAUAGAUGAGGACGAUGAAGGCGACGGCGACGGCGAAGAUUUGUUUGCGGACAACAUCGAAGAGUACAUCACUUUUACGCCACUGAAAAUAGAGAUUAUGCGCCAAAUGAGUUACUGGAUCGCUACUCCGAUCGGGACAUCGACGAUGAAGGAGAUUUCGACGAAAUUUCAGCAGCAGGCUCGACGAGCGGCUGAAGCAAGAAUGAAUCGCCGUGAUCGCCUUGAGCGUGCAGGAAAGCAAGGAAUGCGAGCAGCUAAUAGAAGCCGUGCACCUCAGUUCCUGGAGGAUGAUGACAUGGACGAUGAAGAUACUCUUGGCGAUGAUCUCGGCGUUGCCAGAAUGAAGCAUGAUGUGGAUGGUAUGGACGAUGAAAUACCCCUUGAGCAACUGAGUGACAUCAAAGCUAAAUCUAUUGUCGAAUGGAUUGCCAAUGACCGCGUUCGCCGAUCAAUUGUCAAACAUUUCCGUCAGUUUUUGAUGACCUACGUCGACGAAAACGGCGCAUCGGUCUAUGGCCAGCGCAUUCGUAAUCUUGGAGAAACAAAUGCCGAGUCACUAGAAGUAUCUUAUCUUCAUCUAGCGAUGUCUAAGCCUAUCUUGGCUUACUUCUUGACAAACUCCCCGGCCGCCAUGCUUACAAUCUUCGACGAGGUUGCACUGAAUGCUAUUCUCGUGUAUUACCCAUCGUACGAACGGAUCCACUCGGAAGUCCAUGUUCGCAUUGCAGACCUUCCGUUGAGCUCCUCACUCCGUGAUCUUCGACGUUCCAACCUGAACAAUCUAGUCCGAGUUACUGGUGUCGUAACUCGACGGAGUGGAGUAUUCCCGCAGCUGAAAUACGUCAAAUUUGACUGCCGAAAAUGUGGUGCUGUUCUCGGCCCAUUCUACCAGGAUGCAACAAAGGAGGUCAAAGUCAGCUUUUGCGCCAACUGCGAGAGUAAAGGCCCGUUCCCUGUUAACUCCGAGCAGACCGUGUACCGCAAUUACCAGAAAAUGACGUUGCAGGAGUCCCCUGGGUCAGUUCCUCCGGGACGUUUACCAAGGCAUCGUGAAGUUAUUCUCCUAUGGGACCUCAUUGACCUGGCAAAGCCUGGAGAGGAAAUUAACGGGUUCCCAGUCUUCUCCACAAUCAUCGAGGCCAACCACAUCAACAAGAAGGAAGAUCUUUUUGCAGCGUUCCGUCUUACUGAGGAAGACGAGAAGGAGAUGCGCGCCCUCGCACAAGACGAACGUAUUCGGAAACGUAUUGUCAAGUCUAUUGCGCCUUCUAUCUACGGACACGAAGACAUCAAAACGGCCCUCGCACUCUCCCUGUUCGGUGGCGUUACGAAGGACAUCAAUCGUAAACACCGCAUCCGUGGUGACAUCAACGUACUGCUCUUGGGUGACCCUGGAACGGCGAAGUCGCAAUUCCUGAAGUACGCGGAGAAGACCGCUCACCGGUCUGUUUUCGCGACUGGUCAGGGUGCAUCGGCUGUUGGUCUGACUGCCAGCGUCCGCAAGGAUCCCGUAACUCGGGAAUGGACGCUGGAGGGAGGCGCCCUUGUCCUUGCUGACAAAGGAACAUGUCUCAUUGACGAGUUUGACAAGAUGAAUGAUGCGGAUCGGACGUCUAUUCAUGAAGCGAUGGAACAACAAUCCAUCUCAAUCUCAAAAGCCGGCAUCGUUACGACGUUGCAAGCUCGAUGUGCCAUAAUUGCUGCUGCUAACCCUAUUCGCGGAAGAUAUAACCCAACAAUCCCCUUCCAGCAAAACGUCGAGCUGACAGAACCCAUCCUAUCUCGGUUUGACGUGCUGUGUGUUGUCAAAGACAACGUAGAUCCGGUGCAAGACGAACUACUAGCCCGAUUCGUCGUUGGAAGUCAUCUCCGCAGUCAUCCCAAGUUCGAGGCCGACAGAGAUGAAAUGGAUGUUGGCACCACCCUUGAUGCUGAUAUUAUACCCCAAGAUAUCCUCCGCAAAUACAUCAUGUAUGCCCGAGAGAAGAUACGCCCGAAGCUCUAUGACAUGGAUCAGGAUAAAUUAGCGCGCUUGUUUUCUGAUCUCCGUCGCGAGUCACUGGCAACGGGUUCAUACCCCAUCACUGUCCGACACUUGGAGAGUAUGAUUCGGAUGGCUGAAGCCAGUGCAAAAAUGUCCCUGCGGGAAUACGUUCGCGCUGAUGAUAUCGACAUGGCUAUCUCCGUUGCGGUAGGGAGUUUCGUCAGCACUCAGAAGAUGUCAAUCAAGAAGACCCUUGAAAGAGGCUUCCGAAAAUACUUGACACAAGCUCGUGAUUAUGAAGAGCUCUUAGCCUUCCUUCUUGGUCAGAUUGUGAAGGAAAAGGCCCGUUUCCACCAACUACAGAGACGCGAGCAACCUGAGCUUAUCACGGUCAAGAUGUCCGAGCUUGAUGAACGGGCGAAGGAGCAUGAUAUCUAUGACACAUCAACCUUCCUACGCUCAAAGCUUUUUGCUGCCAACGGCUAUAAAUUGAAGGACCAGGUCAUAGAGAAGCGGUUCUCAAACUGA